CAUGCAUACUGAACGCACGGAGGAGCAAAGACACUGUACGAGAGGACGGUGACAGUCCGGAUAGAAGAGUUGCUUUGCAGAGGGCCAGUGACAUGGAGGUAACCACGAUAUGCAGCUCUCUGAGUCCCAAGCAGGUAAUUGGCCCAGGCCUGACCGACAUGCAGGAGUACAACCAAUGGCUGACCAGCCGCCACGAAGCGAGCCUUCUGCCAUUGAAGGAAGACCUGGGCCUGUGGCUCACCAACAUGCUGGGUCUGGAGAUCACAGCAGAGAACUUCAUGGAGCGUUUGGACAACGGCGUCCUGCUGUGCCAGCUGGCUGAGACUCUACAGGAGAAGUUCAAGCAGAACCAGACUAAGAACCAUGGAGAGGCCAUCACGUGUCGGAGGAUCCCGUGUCGUGCCAGCGCUCCCUCUGGUUCCUUCUUUGCCAGGGACAACACAGCUAACUUCCUGACCUGGUGUCGUCAGGUGGGGGUGGGAGAGACCUGCCUGUUUGAGUCUGAGGGACUGGUACUUCACAAGCAGCCACGGGAAGUGUGUCUGUGUCUCCUACAACUGGGAAGGAUAGCAUCUCGGUACAACGUGGAGCCUCCUUGGCUUAUCAAGCUGGAGAAGGAGAUAGAACAGGAGGAGAUAGCACCCCUACCUUCACCUGUCUCCCACUCUACAACCCCCCCAUCCUCCUCUCCUUCCAAGUGCUCAUCGUCUAGCCAGAAGAGCACAGGGAAGCUGUUGGAUGAUGCAAAGGUGCUGUCUGUUGCCCCAGGGGUUCAGAAGGUGCUGUCUGGUUCCCCAGGGGUUCAGAAGGUGCUGUCUGUUUCCCCAGGGGUUCAGAAGGUGCUGUCUGGUUCCCCAGGGGUUCAGAAGGUGCUGUCUGGUUCCCCAGGGGUUCAGAAGGUGCUGUCUGGUUCCCCAGGGGUUCAGAAGGUGCUGUCUGGUUCCCCAGGGGUUCAGAAGGUGCUGUCUGGUUCCCAGGGGUUCCAGAAGGUGCUGUCUGGUUCCCAGGGGUUCCAGAAGGGUUUCCAGAAGGUGCUGUCUGGUUCCCAGGGGUUCCAGAAGGUGCUGUCUGUUUCCCCAGGGGUUCCAGAAGGUGCUGUCUGUUUCCCCAGGGGUUCCAGAAGGUGCUGUCUGGUUCCCCAGGGGUUCCAGAAGAUGCUACACAACAAGCAUGUGAUGGUGCGUGUGGGAGGAGGCUGGGAGACCUUUAAGAGUUACCUUCUGAAACACGACCCAUGUCGGAUGCUCCAGAUCUCCAGAGUGGAGGGGAAGACCUCUCCCAUGUCCUCCAAGGACCUCACCCCAGACAGCUACCUGGUGGUGGCAGCACACCACCGCAGCAAGAAGUAAAGAUGGCCGCACCCCACU